UCCCUGUCCGUGUAUCUGUGGGCGAUAGACUGUCUGCUCCUGCUGUCACCGCUACGAACCACGUACACAAGUGUAUCUAAAUCUCACUGGGAUCUGUGUCAGUACGGAGCGAGUGUCAGGUACGGGCCUAACCCUAGGAACACAGGUGUUCAUUUAGUAAUCAUUCGAUAGACCCAAACACUAUUUAUGAAUUAUGAAGUACUGGUGAAUAAGUAAUAGUUAAAAAUUUCAUUAUGACUGGUUUAGGCUAAGAGUGUCGUUUAAUGAGAAACUGUUGAAACGUCAAACAAAAGGUGCAGAACCGUAUAUCGGACUGUGAAGUGCGGCCCGGGGCGGGGCAUACUGACCGGCCCAAACCAAGACCGAAUCGUUCUUUACAGCCUACAGAUAAAUCUGCAAUUAAGAUAAAGCGGAAUGAUAACGUCCAUUAUUCUAAAUACGGCUGUAUUGACACGAGAUGGAUGUUUAUCACAAUAUGAUGAAGUGUUACCGUGUCUCAUUAACACGGUGACGCGGGGCACCUGACUAUAUACCCCUCCACACUUCCGUACAAGAGCAGGUCCCGGAGAGGGACUGGCUGAUUCGGUUUAGGUCGGCUGAGCGGUGCACACGUCUCCGUGGAUACUAUACGCUAGUGGGACUAUGGCCGGACAACACUCACGCUGUUUCUUACUUCUCGGUCUGGUGCCGAUGUGGAUGAUCGGGACGGUAUCGGCUCUGGUCACAGGAAUAGACAGAGGGACGACGUCGUGUUUCAAGAUUCACGAUAGUGUGAAGAUAGCAGUGGAGAAGGGCGACUUCGGUUACAUCACGUCAUUAGAUUACCCGGACAACUACACUGUCAAUCAUUACCAUGGCCACGCCUGUAAUGUGGAAAUUAGGGCGUGUUCUACGUGUAGGCUCCGCCUCCAACUCGUGGACGUCCACUUCCCGGAGUGUCCUGCACACAGGAAGACAAGACACCGGAACUUGUGUCUUCCGGGUUGUGACCAUGUGCAAAUACACGAAGUAGACAAGCCUUACAACGGCCUCUAUCGGCGGAAUUACCACAACGACGACACGAACGCCACCUAUGAAUCCAUUUCAUCUAGUGUUCGGAUACGUCACUGCAUGUCUAAUGGAACGGGCGAAACCGGCAAGAGGUUCCGGAUCAAAUACCAGGUAAUUGAGAAGCGGGAGAUGAGGACCGGUUCGGUAUCAUCUGUGUCGUCAGAUCCGGUUGACGGAGGACACAUCACGUCCCCAAACUUCCCCAAUGGCUAUGCUCUCAAUGAGGAAACCUUCACCUACACCAUCCACAACCUUGACCCCUACGGCCACAUCCGAUUAACGUUUGAUGACUGGCACAUCGCAAGCGUCAGUCAGAUACAGAUAUAUGAUGGUCUGCACGCAUCAUCGCCGUCCAUGGUGUUUAGCAAACAGCAGCGCCCCCUGCUGGUGUCGGAAUCCAACACCAUAAUUGUCGUGUUCAAUACAGGGAAGUUCCCACACAAGUGUUGUCAGCACAUCGGGUUCAAAGCCACGUACCAGUUUGUCUCCGAGAAGCGAUGGGACAAGAAACCCAGUACCAAUUGUAGUUCUUUUGUUCCGGUCAACACGGGAGGGAAGCUGGAGUUAACUCACGCCUUCCCCUCGGUCCCGGGGGUCUACGAUUGUAUCUGGAUCAUAAAGAGACCGCCGAGUAAGAGUAUGGAGGGAAUGCUGUUGAGACUGACAGAUUACUCGCUAGGCGAUGGAUGGCUAGACACUGGUAGCAAUACCUUGGAUAUCCACGAUGGUAUUACAUCCAUUGGCCCUCAGACUGCGCGAUUCAUAUCCGGCAACCUGACGACAGGGACGUGGCUAACUAGCAAGGAGGGAUUCUACAUCCGGCUAAGAGGAACGUUUUACCCGGAAGACAGCCUCACUUUCGUUUACACAGCCGUGGAUAAUAUCACUGACGAUGGUUGUCCUAAGAAAGCUGACUACCUAUGUAGCAACCUGUGGUGUAUAGAUCGCCAGCUUACCUGUGAUGGAGUGGAUCACUGUGGCGACAACUCAGACGAAAGUCCAGAACCUAUGUGUUCUAUAUCAAAGUUAUGGAAGAUAGAGUUAGGCUGGUCGUUACCGCCAGAACCGCCGACAACGGUGGAUCCAUGUAGCGGGGGUUUCCACUGUCGGAACAACUAUCUGUGUAUUCCUAUGUCUAACAUAUGUGAUGGUGUUUACGACUGUGACGAUCGCUCCGACGAAAUUUACUGUGCUUACUACCGAGAGGCCCAGGCACAGAAUGGUGUAGAAAGUCAUCUUUAUAUAAACACAAAUCAUUUAGUGAUGUUGUGGCUAAUAUUACAAAUAAUUUACACGAAACUGUUAUGAUACCAAGUUCAUGUAUAAAAUAUUCCGAUGUUUGUUGAUUACCUUUUGCGAUAUCCGGCUAGUUCACCAUAUCAGGUGACAUACAGAGCUUAAUCAUGCCAUGCAAUUAUCGUGUUUUUGUCUCAACUCUUAUAGUGCAAUAUGUGAAAGUAAGGAACUCAAAAUAGAUAGAGUUAGGCUUGUCAUAGAGAACACAUGUUUUUCGCACACGUGAACACAUUCUCACUUCUAUCUAACGGUUCGCCUCUGGUGUAGGGGUCAAGCCCAGGGCCCGUAUUCAUGAAACCGUUCUCAUGCUCAAGUAUGGAAUUUGUGCUCAAGCCGAAUUUCU